GCCGCCGCCGGGGCCGCGGCCGCCAUGGAGGCGCCGCCCGCGCCCCCCGCCGCGCCCCCUGCGCCCUGCAGCGCGGCGCGGAGCCUGCAGGACGAGCUGACGUGCCCCGUGUGCCUGGAGUACUUCAACGACCCGGUGCUGGUGGCCGAGUGCGGGCACAACUUCUGCCGCGCCUGCGUGACCCAGUGCUGGGAGGACUCGGCACGGCGCCUCUGCUGCCCGCAGUGCCGCGAGCCGGUCCCGCAGCGCCUCUUCCGCCCAAACCGCUCCCUUGGCAACAUCGUGCAUAUCGUCCGCCAGCUGGGGCUGCCGCCGGGCCCCGCCGAGCCGCCGCCGGGGCCACCCGCGCCCGCGCCGCCGCUGCCCGCGGCCGCCCCGUCCGGCCCGCCGGGGCCGCCGCGCUGCCCGCGCCACGGGGAGCCGCUGCGGCUUUACUGCGUGCAGGACCGACGUGCUGUGUGUGUCGUGUGUCACCUGUCCCGCGAGCACCGCGCCCACACUGUGCUGCCCGCCGAGGAGGCGGCCCACGCCGCGGAGGAGGUGCCCCAGGAGCACUUGAGCUCCCUGAGGAAAGGGCGUGAAGAGGCCAAGGCCGAGCGGGAGCGGCAGAGCGAGGAGCUGCUGAAGCAGACAGAGGUGGAGCGGCAGAAGAUUGUGGCUGAGUGCAAGGAGCUGCGGGUGUUCCUGGAGGAGAAGGAGCAGCUCCUGCUCUCCCGGCUGGAAGAGCUGGAGAGGGACAUCGGGCGCCGGAGGGAUGAGAGUGUGGCCCGGCUGGCUGAGGACAUUGCCCAGCUGGACAAGCUCCUGGCAGAGCAAGGCGGGGACAGCGGGACAGGGAACACAUCUGGCGAGAGUGUCGUCCCGGCUGGUAGCAGCCUAGAGAGCUGGAUGUUCCUCAAGCCCGAGCCUGGCUUUUCCGAGCUGGAGAAGAAGCUGAAGAGCUUUUCCCAGAAGAGUGCGGUGCUCAAGGAAGUGCUGCUGGAAUUCAAGGAAAACCUGCGCUUCGAGCUGGAGAAUGACACAGGCGACCUCUCCCUGGACCCCGACACGGCCAACCCCUACCUGGUGCUGUCGGAGGACAAGCGGAGCGUGCGGCUCCGCGGGGCUCCCCAGGAGCUGCCGGCUCAUCCCAAACGCUUUGACUAUGCCUUCUGCGUCCUGGCCUCCGAGGGCUUCUCUGCUGGCCGCCACUACUGGGAAGUGGAGGUGGGAGACGGGGAGAGCUGGGUCCUGGGCGCCGCCCGCGAGUCCGUGCGCCGCAAGGAGAAGGUCGACUUCGCCCCCGAGGAGGGGAUUUGGGCGGUGGGGCUCAACUGGAAGGGCAAAAAUUGGGAUCAGUACCAGGCGUUCACAUCUCCUGAGACGCCGCUGUCCCUGUGUGAGCGGCCACGCAAGAUCGGGGUGUACCUGGACUAUGAGGGCGGGUGGGUGGCAUUUUACAAUGCCGACAACAUGGCUCCCAUCUUCACCUUCACUGCCGCCUUCUCCGAGAGGAUCUUCCCGUUUUUCUGGCUCUUCUAUGUGGGCUCCUCACUGUCCCUCUGCAACUGAGUCUGCCCAGCUCACUGGUGUUGCCCCCUCUCCUCCGCCAUCCUUAGGUUUUCCUUUGCUUCCAAGCAAAAUGCCCCAAAUCCUGCCCUUGGCCAUUAAGGGGGGAUUUUUUCCCGUUGCAAUUCAAAGUUUGGAGUCUUUUUGCCCCCAAAAUCUUCCUCAAGGGCAUUGGUUGGCGAGGGGGGGGCUGCUUGAGCACCCCCUCCCUGUUGCUGGUUAAACACCGCUGUAGUUAAUUUUGUAUUUUUCUUUGGAGUUGGAGCCCCAUGGAACAGGGAGAGGCUGAUCCCAUCCCACCUCGAACCGUAGCCAAAGCUUUGUGCCACCCCCCCCUCGCCCCAUCCUCCCAAGAAUGCUGUGUGGAGAGGAGGGGUCUGUCCCCCCAUCUCCCCCUUCCCCCCCCCCCCUCCCCGUUUGGACACCAGGUCAUCUUUAGCCAUCUUACCCUCCCCUGGGGAAAGGGCCGAGCCCGUCCUGCUGUUGCUGAGUGACCGUCCCCAAUCUCCCCUGUUGCCCCCCAUUUCUCUCCUUACUCCCCCCAUUGUCCCCCCCUCCUUGCCCCUCCAUCUCCCCCAAUGCCCCCCCAUGUCCCUCUUUGCCUCCUCAUCUCCCUCACUGCCCCCCUAUUUCCCUCCUCAUCCCCCUGUCUCCCCCUUGCUUCCCCCAAACUCUGAGCCCCCAGAGCACCAGGAUCCCAGGAAGGGGCCAUGGAUAUUUGGGGUCACCCCAAACCCAGGCCAGGGUCAGCUGGGGGGUUUUGGGGGGGCUGGGGGGUCCGUGUUCUAGGUGUGAUCUUGCGCUUGCCCGCUCCCCUUGCGCCCUCCCCGCUGCUGCUGUUCGUGUCCUUUGCCCUGUCACUGUUAGUGGGGAAAUAAAAUGUUGCUGUGCAAAAAAAUCCCUAAAACCCGAUAAUUUGGGGGUUUUUGGUGCUGGGGGAGGAGGAAAAGCUGCUCCUGCUCGGGGGGAACGGAGACAGGGACGUGCCCUUGUCCCCAGACUGCUGGGGUGGAACGCAGAGGGCUUUUGUGGCCACUUGGGAUUCACUAAUUGGUCCCAACUUGGAGCUUCCAAAUAUCUGUAAGUUCAAAUUCUGGUUUAAAUCCAAGUUUUAAAUGGAAAUUAAAUAAAGUUUGAAGGAAAAGCUUGAA